UUAAUGGACAAAUAGAUACAACAUUUACUUACGUACCUGUACAUUUGGAGUAUAUCAUAUCAGAAAUAUUAAAAAAUUCUUGUAGGGCUACCGUUGAAUAUACCCAAAAAAUUGGUAGAGUAGAAUUUCCUCAUGUUACUGUUACCAUCUCAAAAGGUAAAAAUUUCAUUGGUAUUAGAGUGAGAGAUCAGGGUGGUGGCGUUCCUGCUAAAGAUUUACCUUCGAUAUUUGAUUAUUCUUAUACCACCGUACCUCAAGAUGAUAUUGGUGGUGGAAGUUGUAAUACUAAGGAGAAUAUAUUUGCAGGUGUAAGUAAGAUGGCUAUGCAAUCUGGAUUAGGUGGUCCCAUUGCUGGUCUUGGUUAUGGAUUACCUUUAGCUCGUAUUUACGCUAAAUAUUUUGGUGGUUCAAUGGAUCUAAUUUCUUUACAUGGUUACGGUUGUGAUGUUUUCUUAAAGUUGAAACAAAUUGAUGAAUCUUUAGAUGAUUUACAAAUCUAA